CUUAUUCAUUCAUUGAGUCGUUCAUCGUGCGUGUGUCAUCACGCGAAAAAUUGCGUAGCUGGGCUUACGUGCUUUUUACUGUCCAACAUGGCUGCCGCCGCACGAAGCCUUCAGAGAAUUUUACCCCGAAAUUGUUCCCAUUUAAAAAGUUGUAUCAGUGUUUUCAAUCACCCCAAGCGAUUCUUCAGUAUACGAACCGAGCUUCACUCCAAACAUCCUCCAUUUGGGAUACUGUUUGACAUCGACGGCGUUAUAGUCCGUGGCAAGCGUAUCUUGAACGAGGCCGUGGAAGCAUUUCAGAAGCUCUCUGAUGGGGAGGGUCAUUUGCGCGUACCCGUGGUCUUCGUGACAAACGCUGGGAAUAAGCUGCGGCAAAACAAGGCAAAACAGCUCACCGAGUGGUUGGGAAUAAAGAUUCAUCCAGACCAGGUGGUAAUGUCGCACAGCCCUCUCAAGAUGUUCCCCCAGUUUCAUGACAAGCAUGUGCUUGUCUCUGGCCAAGGGCCAAUCAAGGAGAUUGCGAAAGGCCUGGGUUUUACCAGAGUGACCACUGUGGAGGAGGUGCGAGAUAUGUUCCCACAUUUAGACAUGGUUGACCAUCAACGGAGAGUGCCUGCUCCAAAUGCUAACAUAGAGAUCUUCCUGCCACGGAUCGAGGCAGUGGUCCUGUUCGGUGAACCGGUCAGGUGGGAGACCAAUCUCCAGCUGAUUUUGGACAUGUUGAUCACCAACGGUCAGCUAAACCACACCCCUGACCACGUCCCGUACCCUAACAUGCCGGUCCUUGGAUGCAACGUGGAUCUCAUGUGGAUGUCCGAGGCUCAUCUACCAAGGUUAGGACAUGGCUCUUUCAUGGUGUGCCUAGAAUCACUUUACAAGAAAAUCACAGGUCGGGAUCUGCUGUACACCGUUCUGACGGGCAAACCUAGUCAGAUAACGUACCACUGUGCUGAGAAUGUACUAAGCCAACAAGCGAGGGCCAUGGGCUGUCAAGGCCCGCUCAGAACACUCUAUGCCAUUGGUGACAACCCGAUGACGGAUAUCUACGGGGCCAAUCUGUACAACCAGUACCUCACAGCGAAAGCUGCUAAAGGCCUACAGAAACCAGGCAGUCGCCAGCCGGCAGCCAUACGCCAGGGCGUGGUCAUGUCCGAUCCCCACGACGACAUCCAUAUUGAGACUUCGGCCCAGGUGGACGUCUCGGACCAUCCGGUUCACGAGAUUGACGACCACGUCUGCGAGAGCGAGGCUCUGAUGACCGACAACUUUGACGAUGGUUACCCGGUCACCAUGGAGUCGGUGCUGGUCUACACAGGCCUGCACUCCAAGCCGGGGGAGGUGGGUCAGAUGGACGAAGCCCAUCUAGAGCUAGACCACGGACACCGGGAUUUUGAGUUCAACAAGGCGCUCAUCCAGCCCACCAUUACCGCUCAGCAUGUCCGCGAUGCUGUCGAUAUCAUAUUUGACCGCGAGGGUUUCAAAUGAGAUCCGAGAAAGUCUCAUCACUGUGCGUGUGUGAUUAACAUAACAUUCAGAGUAUUUAUUUUCCAUAAAGGCAUGGUUCUUAUGUGGGCUGUUACCCAUCAUGUAGCUAGCCAUGUGCUUUUUUAUAUAUUCCUUAUUAAAAUAAUGUCGUCUCUUUUAAUCCUCAAACAUGUUCUUCGAACAAUAUUCGAUUUUAAUUAGGUUUAGUUGGAAAAGAUUUCCAAUUCUAAGCUGUCCUCAAAAGAAAAUGUCACUUGAUAUCUACGGUGGAAGAGAACUACAGAUUCCACUAAAGCGUCAAAGUUCCAUUUGAAUUAUUAUACUCAAUCAUGUUUCCUCAAAUUUGUGUUUUCCAGGUUUGAUUCGUAUUUGGGCGAGUUUUAUUACCCAAAAGAAUCCAAGCGAAAAAAAAAACCCAAAUAUAUCCAUAAAUUAUUCGCAGAUGUUAAGAUCAAUUUUAUGCGAAAUACCCCUAAAAUGGAAGGUAUGCAUUUCGUAGCUCAUAAAUAAUCAUUUUCAAAAAUCUAGAAGAGGUAAAGUUCAAAUUCUGAACACGUGAAAUUUAAAGUUAUCCUCCAAACCAUAGAUUGUAAAUCCUUUGGUUAAAAGUUUAGUCGGCGAACGCCCAAAACAAAAACAGUAUUACAAAAGUUAAUCCUUUCCAAUCCAUGUACUCAUUGGACUCAACCUUAAGACCUCAUAGUGAUAAAAAUACCACAUGUAUAUGCUGUGUUAUUACAGGGAUGUCUUUCACAAUUCAACAGACCCACGAAUGUAUUUCAUGGGAAGUAUGUGUUUAAAAAGUAGUGAUCAUUUCGCCCCAAAAAAAUUGACCUUGUAUUUAAAGGUUUUUCUAUUAUAGUUGAGCUGAUAAGCACAAAAAACAUCAGAAAUGGUUUCUUUAGCAAAAGCAGAGUACCAGCCAAAAUUGCCUUGUGGUGUACAUUGUCCAUCACUGGUUCUCAGCUCAUUUUUGCUAAGCAUAGUUGGUUGGCUUAGUAUCAACAGCUCCACGGCUGUAGGCCCAUUUCCUAGUUUCGUUUCUGCUUGCCUGUUUAAAAAGAAAUUGAAGCUACCUUAGCAGAAAGUACUUUGCGUUAACCACCCAAGUGAAUUUCACAGCUUGUAGCUAGUAAAUUUUAAUAUGAGCAUUCUGGAUAAAAUAACCAACCUUAAUAAUGCUACAUUCUCCAACUGUGUCCAGCUGAAGGCAGAUUCUGUACGAUUUUGUUGAUCAGAGCAGAAA